AUGGAUGACGAUUUCGAUGAUGGAGAUUAUUACGUCAAGCCGCGCAUGCGCCUCGCAUCUGAGCCGUUCGUUUCGCCGGAGGACCAGCUCGAUCCGGACGCCUCGGUCUCUCGCCCCGUUCUCCUCAUCCUCUGCGGAUUCGCCGCCGUAUUUCUCGCGGCGGGAAUCAUGACGUCAGGAUUCCUCCAAUUCGCCCUCAUCUGGAUCGCGCUCGCCCUCGUUAUAGGCCCACUCGCUCCUAUCACGCAGACAGGCGGAGACUGUCGAGUUGGUGUCGGCCCCCCGUUAGAAGAACACCAGCACGCGGAGGAGCAACCAGCUGACGAGCCAUCCCCAGCCUCUCGUUACAAGAACACGGUCGCGCGCGAGCCGCAGGAAGCUGAGCUGGCGGAUCUCCCCGUCCAACGCGCCGCAGACGGCGGCGCCGCCAACGGCGGCAGCGCCGCCAGCUCCGCGAGCGAAGGCGUCGACACGAGCGAGUGGACGCGCGGGGAGUGGGACCAGCUGAAGAAGCUUCUCGUGAAGCUUCCUCGCGGGACGACCCAGCGGUGGGAGAAGGUAGCGAAAGGCGUGGGGUCCGGGCGGCGCGCCGUGGACGACGUGAUCCGAUCCGCCAAGGCCGUCGCGCUGCAGAAGCCGUCGGAUCGCGACGCGUACGCCGCGUUCCUGUCGCAGCGGAAACAGCACAAGGGCAGCAGCGCUGGCGCAGGGGGAGCGGGAGGAGCAGGGGGAGCCGCCGAACCCGCGCCGACCAGCAGAUGGGAGGAGGAGGGGAUCGCCCCGGGGGGCACAGCAGAGGCAGACGGCAAGGGCGGUGGUAAUGCGGUAACCACGUGGACGGAGGCGCAGGACCGUGCGCUGGUACAGGCGCUGAAGGAGUUCCCCAAGGACACGCCCCUGCGAUGGGAGCGCGUGGCCAGCGCCGUGCCCGGGCAGACCAAGCAGCGGUGCUUCAAACGGUUCGCUGAGCUGCGGGAGAAGUUCCGCUCCAAGGGGGGCGACCUCGCGGGUGGGUUGAGCUGUUCUCCAUGUACUCUGGGCCUAUCUACUGAUGUCAGCACUGGAGUUAUCCGAUCUCGCCUCGCCUCAUCACCAGCAAGGGAACAGAUUCAAGAGACUGUCUGCCUGCCAGCCCUUGAGCCUGCAGAGCAGCCUUGGUGGAGGCAGAUUGCAGAGCUGGAGGCGGGUGCAGGAGUGGAGUGGCUAUCUGUUGUGCGUUUGAGUGUAGCUCUCCGCGUUGUAGAAGCGAUGGCUGCAAAGAAUGGGGUGUGGGGGGUGGGACGAGGAGGGGACGGAUGGGCAGGUGAGAGGCGCAUGGAAGGUGCACGGGCAGCAGAGGUGAUAUAG